AUGGUGCCCGCCCGAGAGGUGCUGGAACUGAGUUCUGGCGAGUUCCAGCCGGUAACGGCUGCGGCGCCUCAGAGCGUCCUCUCCACCUGGUCCUCAGUGACACAUGCAAAGCCAUACGGAGUUCCCCUGUGCUCUGGCUGGCGCGGAAAGCAGCCGAGAGCCCAACACCAAAAAGCGGGCAAUGGUUCCCAUGCCUUAAGCGCCGCAGGGCAGAAAUGGGAUUUGCCCCUCCCAAGCCAUCAGUGCCUUAUUAGUCUGCGUGGGGUCUCCCAUAGAGCCACACCUUCUAUUGCAGUGUGCAGUUCCCCAGAGCUGCAGACAUCCCGGGGCCUGGCAGGGCCAGGUAAGGAGCUGUUGCAGCCUCAUCUGCUGCCUGGGAAGCAGGCAGGCAGGUCUCUCAUCAGCAUUUCAGAGGACCAGGCUGCCCCCUUUCCGUGGGCAGGGGUGGGGGCAAGAGUGUUGCAAUGUGUGCAGGAGAGCUGCGAUGGGCACCCCACACAGCAGCUCCUGCCAGCCUCCCAGUGCCACAAGCACUGGAGGGCAGGAGUUUCCCGUCCAGCUUUCCCAGGAGGGCGGCAAGAUGCUUUGCUGGGGGGUGAGAGGCAAAAGGAGCCCAUUGCAGCUGGGGAAAGGGGGUUUCAACUGCUGCCUUCUCCUCUCAGCUGGCCCCAAGACACUGAAAAGGGCAGACUUUGGAGCUGA